AUGCUCGCCGUUCAGAGACCACCAUCGCAUUUUUUCUCGUCCGUGGUGUCCCGCCCCAAUCACUGCCGUCACCCGUCAGCGCCGGUAGUCGUUCGCCCUACGCAUACACCCGGGCUUCUCUCUCUCUCCAAGCCCCCACCUCGCCCGCAGCAAUCACAACAGCCGCGGCAGCAGCGCUCGUCGCCCAAAGGUAAGCCUCAUCAGAGGUCCCCCCAACCAUCCCAUGCGACAGCGCAAGCAACAGAGGACGCCAAGAAGGCGGUGUCAGCCCCUAAAACCGACACCCCUUCAGAGAAGCCCAAGCCGGUGACCGCUACGACAUCGACCCCCGACAAGUCUGCUCGGGGACGCCAGUCGGCCAAAGACAAGGCGCAUCAAAGGAACACUUCCCUAUCUACCUCCCGAGGCAACGCACGACGACCUCUACAUCAACCGUCUCCCCCUCCCUCUACUAGGAUACCCUCGCAGGCGGAGGUUUCUUCCCAUCCUCGUAAACUCGCAAGCGCUGAGCCCUCCCGCUUUCCCCAGCAUACGUUGAACUUGUUCGACCCUUUCGUUGUCACUACGUCUAACAACCCCAGAAAGAUGGUCCCCAAGGACAGCGGCCUGUCCAAGGCCGGCUCUAUUGUCCCGAAUUUCCACUCUCCGCCUCGACUGGCGUCGCAUCCUACGGGCAAACUUGCCCGCCGUCGCCAGCUGACAUCUGUCCCAUCGACGCCGACGCCCUCCAAGGCGGUUCCUGUUCCCCGUCACAAGGCUCGGGAAAGAGAUCUGUUGUCUCGCUCGGAACCAGCUCUUAUCCCGAUGGUUCUUCGUCCUAAGGACACCCCGGUUAGCACCAGUCUCCCGGAUUGGGACUCGUUCCCCGUCUGCGAUGACUCAAGCGAUAUGGCGGACGACAGCGACGAUACGCCUCCGACGACCCCGAUCCGAGAGCUCGCGAGCGUCCCAGCGAAGAAGGGUGCUGCGUGGCAGCGCAACGAUACUUUCGGCGAUGCGCCCCACACAGCCCCUUUCUCGUCGACGUUUGGCUUCCCUUUCCGCCAGUCGAGCCCAGAUCGGAUAGCGACUCCAACUCACCGUCGACGUGUGCACCGUCGUGUGCCCAGCGAUGGCGUGUUCCACAUGUCUAUGGACGAAGAUUCGUCUGCGUCAGAGUCGCUUGAGCCCCAUCGUCGCUCCCCAAUUGUUCUCCCGAAGCGUCGUGCACAGUCAGCCGCGGAGCAUCGACCCGCCGAUGCUGCGAUCUCCUCGUCACCAGAGGCGGCCUUCUUCGCCGGUUCCAUGUUCCAAAAUUCUCCUAGUCCUGAUGAUCUUCCCGUGCCUUCAUUCCACCCGUAA